UUAUAGGUUUAAUAUGUCUUUCAUAUUUAAUAUUAAAAAAAACACCCUAAACUAUUUCAUAAAAACUCACAGAAAUAUCAGACUCCGAAUUUUUACAUUAAAUCAUGAAAAAAAGACGUUCUAUAAUGCCAAAAGACUAUCUUUCCGAUUUAGUUGAAGAUUAAGAAAUAAACCAUAUAUUAGAAUGUGCAAAUAUGGCCCCUACACAUGGAAAAACAGAGCCUUGGAGGUUUGUAGUUUAUAAAAGAGCUAAUUUAAGUAAUUUAUUUAAUUUCGUGAUUAGUUGGUAUGAAAAAAAUUGGUAAUAAAUAUAUAAAAAUGAGGAAGAAAGAGAUAAAGGAAUUUAGUCUAUAUAAAAUAAAUUUGAUGAAUUGGCAAAAGCAUCUCAUUUUAUUGGAAUAGGAAUGAAAAGAUAAACUAAAAAAGACAAACUUAUGCCAGAAUGGGAAGAAAUAGCUGCUGUAUCAACAUCUGUGUAGAAUAUUUAUUUAUAAUGUGCUGCUAAAGGUCUUGGAGGAUAUUGGUCGAGUAUGAAUUUUGCAAAAGAAUGUAGAGAUAGUGAAGAAUUUUUAAAUUUUAUGGGUUUAGAGGAUAAAGGAGAUAGGUUUCUUGGAAAUUUUGUUAUUGCGAAAACUAAUAAGUAUGAUUAGUAUUAAAGAAUUCCUGGAAAAUAUUAAGAUAAAGUUUAAUUUAGAUGA